GUUCUGGGCAAUGUCCUGCUGUUCGUGCGUUCCAACGGGCUCGCUGGGAGUGAUUCAGAGGUUUGGGGAGUACCAAGGGCUACAGGAGCCCGGCUUCCGCUGCAUCUGUUUCCCCAUCACCACCGUGCGAGCGGUGUCCCUGGCCGUGCAGCAGUAUGAGUGCGACACAGACUGCAAGACCAAAGAUAGCGUCACAGUCACAGUCAGAACAGCCGUGCAAUACCAGAUCCAAAAGGACACGGUGAAGGCGGCAUAUUUUGACAUUGAGGAGCCAAUGGAUCAAGUCCGAGCAGAAGUGGGCAGCGUACUUCGGUCAACUCUACCUAGCAUGACCUUGGAUGAAAGCUACGAAGCGAAAGAGACGAUGGUAGAAGAGAUCUUGACGACGGUUCGGGAUGCCAUGAAGGGAUACGGCUACGACAUCAUCAAGGUGCUGAUUACUGACAUUAAGCCCGAACAGUCAGUGAUGGCUGCCAUGAACAACAUCAACGCCCAAAGACGGCGGAGAGAGGCAGCGAUUGAGAAAGGCGAAGCUGAGAAGUUUCUGAAAAUCAAAGCAGCAGAAGCAGAAGCAGAAGCCAAACGGCUGGCAGGUGUCGGGAUGGCGGCUAUGCGUGCCGCAAUGGCACAUGGCAUUCUCGAUUCCAUGCAGUUCAUCACAGCAUCCGGGAUGUCGGAAUCUGAAGCCAUGCAGAUCAUGGUCACCACGCAGUACUUGGACACUUUGAAGGACUUCUCGAACCACAAGUCCAUGCUGGUGCCACAUCACCGUGAUGCAAACUCUGCAAACGACUCUGCAAUGCUGCGCGAGGCAGCAUCCCUUUCUGAAGCUCCACCACAAAUGCUUGCAAUGGAAGAAGUAGAGGAUGUAGAGGCAGUUGAGGGGCCCGGAAAGAAGAAAGGAAAGAGGAAGAAGAAAAAGAGGGUUGUAAAGACUGGAACUGCUCUAUGUGACUGUGAUGGAGACAACAUAGACAACCAGUACGACCAGGCCCAUCAGGCCCAUCAGGCCGAUCAGGCCGAGGCCGAUCAGGUCGACCAGGCCGAUCAGGUUUGAAAGUGUGAAAGUGGGCCCCCAUCAACGUAUCGACAACGUAUCGACAACGUAUCGACAACGUAUCGACAACGUAUCGACAACGUCUCCAAGCUCGACAUUGCCACGGACUGCUUCGACCUUGCGAUUCGAUGCCUCGAAGAUGACCAUAGACAUCACGAGGACAUUAUGACCAGUGUGCCACUCCCAAGGAGUCGUGGCCCAGGUUUUCUGUACAGCGAUGCGCCGGCGCAGCGGCAUUGCCACAUGUCCGACUUAGCGAAAGAAAACAU